ACUCUAUUGACAAGUAAGCGUAGUCACUACCACAGGUCGUUCAGUGCUCAGCUUCAUUUCGUUUAAAUUUAAUCGCUACAUAUUUUGGAGUUAACGUUGCAUAUUGUGAACAAUAAACAGGACAUGGAUGCCAUGUACAAUGAUUUGAUUGAAUCUUCUGAUGAUGAUUUUGGACUGUUGGAUUCGCUUUUUGACGAAGAAGGCGAUGAAUUUAAUACUUUCGUCGCUGAUUUAGAAAUGUUGGAUUGUUCUCCUGUUCAUGAGGAUGAUGAAUUGGACUCUUCUUUUGAUCGCAUUUUUGAUGAUGAUUAUGAUUUGCUCCGUCCCUUGUCAGACGUAGGUGUUAAAAUGGAGUCCUCUGACUCUGAUGAAUUGCGUUCUAAUCCUGAUGUUGAUGUCGAUUUGCUCCGCCCCUUGGCAGACGUUGGUGUUAAAAUGGAGUCUUCUGACACUGAUGAAUUGAUUUCCAAUCCUGAUGUUGAUGUCGAUUUGCCCCGCCCCUUGGCAGACGUUGGUGUUAAAAUGGAGUCCUCUGACUCUGAUGAAUUGCGUUCUAAUCCUGAUGUUGAUGUCGAUUUGCUCCGCCCCUUGACAGACGUUGGUGUUAAAAUGGAGUCUUCUGACACUGAUGAAUUGAUUUCCAAUCCUGAUGUUGAUGUCGAUUUGCCCCGCCCCUUGGCAGACGUUGGUGUUAAAAUGGAGUCCUCUGACUCUGAUGAAUUGCGUUCUAAUCCUGAUGUUGAUGUCGAUUUGCUCCGCCCCUUGGCAGACGUUGGUGUUAAAAUGGAGUCUUCUGACACUGAUGAAUUGCUUUCCAAUCCUGAUGUUGAUUUCGAUUUGCCCCGCCCCUUGGCAGACGUUGGUGUUAAAAUGGAGUCUUCUGACACUGAUGAAUUGCUUUCCAAUCCUGAUGUUGAUGUCGAUUUGCCCCGCCCCUUGGCAGACGUUGGUGUUAAAAUGGAGUCCUCUGACUCUGAUGAAUUGCAUUCUAAUCCUGAUGUUGAUGUCGAUUUGCCCCGCCCCUUGGCAGACGUUGCUGUUAAAAUGGAGUCCUCCGACACUCAUGAAUUGCGUUCUAAUCCUGAUGUUGAUGUCGAUUUGCCCCGCCCCUUGGCAGAACGCCCAACGAAUGCCCUUGUUGCCGCACCAUUUGCAUUACCCCGUGAACCUAAUGGAGCCAGAACCAUGGAUGAUGACAUGAAUUCUUUUCACAAUUAUAUUGAAUUUAAUUCUUCUUCUGACGAUGAUGACGAUGAUGAUGAUGUGCUCAGUCUUUUGCAAGGCAUGCUGGAACUGCAUCAACGCAUCAUACGUUUUCUGUUCCCAAGACGGCGAAGGGAAAGGCAAAACUUUUUCAUCCAUGACAAUCCAUUAGAGAAUUAUGGAGGGGCAACAGGAGAAGGACUUCCUAUAGUAAUAAGAUGUAGCCAGGAAUUAAUAAGAAUGUGCAGAAGGGAAUUAGUAGUGAGAUACGGGAAUAGAGAAUUAGUAAGAAGGGGCAUAAGAUUUAAUCGCGAUUUAAUAAGAAGAGGCAGAAGGAGUUUUGAAUUAGUAAGAACGGGUAGAAGAGGGAGUCAGGAAUUAGAAAACAGAGGCAGAAGGAGUCAAGGAAUAGUAAGAAGAGAGUGGCGGGGAUUAAUAAGAAGAGGCGGUCCAGGAUUAGCGAGAAGAGGAAGAAGACUCUGGCAGAGACAUAGGCGUGCAGGUACAUUUAUUAAGGCAUUAAGAGACUUCAAUCGUCAGCUUAUCCGUAAAUGGAGGGAGAUUGGAAGAAAGGUUACAAACAGGAGGAACAUCUGAAAGCUAUAUACAUUGGACGAGCAACACAGGAAAAUUUGAUGAAAACAAUUCUAAAUUUUUUGUAUAUUAAAAGUUUAAUAAAAUAUAUUUUUAUAUUUCAA